CCGAUACGACGUAUGUUCAUUGACGCCGUCUCCUGACGAUCGAACGUGUUGUUUAUUUUUUGUGUUCGCGGUUUGUAAAUCUAAUUGACUUAACAGAAGUAAGCAAAAUGUGUGAUUCAAGGGUUGGGAAACCAUAUUUCAAAGAACCUUCGUGUAUGGAGGAGUUAAUCGAAACCCUGAACACUCUCUUUGAGUCUGACUGCGUGAACGUGGAAGAAGUACAGUCCGUUAUGGAAAACUUCAAAAGCAAGGAAAGUGAUUGGCGCCGGUUUGCAAAAUUUGACCCGAACAGGUAUACAAGAAAUUUGGUCGACGAAGGAAACGGUAAAUAUAAUCUAAUCCUACUGUGUUGGGGAGAAGGUCAGGGAAGUGGUAUUCACAGUCACUCUGAUGCACACUGUUUCUUGAAAGUUAUGGAUGGAACUUUACGUGAGACUCUGUAUGAAUGGCCGUCAAAAUCAGAAGGUCGAACGAAAAUGAAAGUAAAAAAAAUUGCAGACUGUGAAAUGGACCAAGUAGCAUACAUAAAUGAUUCCUAUGGCGUGCAUCGGGUUGAAAACACCAGUAAUGUAGAGACAGCUGUUAGUCUUCACUUGUACUCACCACCGUUUGAAUCGUGCGACUGUUUUGAUGAGAGGACCGGUAAAAAACAGUCAGUGAAGAUCACCUUCUGGAGUAAAUUCGGUGAAAGGACAUACGGAGUCGGUGCGUGCAAGUCUGCUGUGUACCAGCCAGAGAACAACUAGUCCACUUGACCACAACUAUAAACAUUGGCUAAAAUAAUUCCAUAUCGAAAACCUGGGAUUUUGGUUGUUGAUUAGCGAUACCUGUGGAUGGCUGUAGACUAAUUUGUAAUUAAAUCAGUUUUAUACCCAAUCUGGGUAUAAAUGAAAUGAUCU